GAUAAAGAUGCCUCACGCAUGUGCUGCUUGGGAUUGUACAAACCGCUGUAUGCACCAAACCAGAUCGCGGGGGAUUAUAUUUCAUAGAGAAAAAGAAAAAGCUGCUGUUUGCUGGAACAUUUCAAUGGAUGUGAAACAGGACACCUGUGAUGUGGACGCAAAUAUCAUGAAGAAAACUGUAAAUAUUAAAGAGGAGGACUGUCAGUGGGAGUCCAUCUACCUUAAACAGGAAAGUCUGAGCAUCAAGGAGGAGGACAGUGAACUGCAGCCAGUGGGCAUUAAAGAAGAACGUGAAGAGAAGUCUGUCAGUAUUGAGACAUAUAACCGUACAAAUCUGGACAGUGUAAAAGAAGACAACCUUCAUGAUGGGUAUCAAGAUGGAGUGGUGACCAGGUUAGACUCUUCUCAUAGCAGACACUUUUCAUCUCCAGAGCCUUCUAUCAAUGUGAAGUCUGAAUCAUUACAGUCUGAACCAAAUAGGGCUGUGGAAACUACAUCUGUUAGAGCGCAGAGAAAUAAGCGACCACCUUCAAAGAAGUCUGGAAAAAGAAAGAAAGAUCACUGCAGUGUGGAAUGUGGCAGAGAAUUCUCUAACAGGAGUGCUCUUCAGAAACACAUGAGAGUUCACACGGGAAAGAAGACAUAUUGUUGUAAUGAAUGUGGCAAACAGUUUUCACAUAUGAGCCGUCUUCAGAUACACACAAGAGUUCACACUGGAGAAAAGCCAUAUUGCUGUAAUGAAUGUGGCAAACAGUUUUCAGAGAUGGGCAGUCUAAAGCAACACACUAGAGUUCACACUGGAGAAACGCCGUAUUGCUGUAAUGAAUGUGGCAAACAGUUUUCAGACACAGGCAGUCUACAGAAACACACAAGAGUUCACACGGGAGAAAAGCCGUAUUGCUGUCAUGAAUGUGGUAAACAGUUUUCACAUAUAAGCAAUCUACAGAAACACAUGAUAGUUCACACUGGAGAGAAGCCAUAUUGCUGUAAUGAAUGUGGUAAACAGUUUUCACAAAAAGGCGAUCUUCAGAAACACACGAGAGUUCACACUGGAGAGAAGCCAUAUUGCUGUAAUGAUUGUGAAAGGACGUUUUCACAGAGAAACUAUCUUCAGAGCCACCAAAGAAUCCACACAGGAGAGAAGCCAUAUUGCUGUUCUGAAUGUGGCAAAACGUUUACACAGCGAGGCCAUCUUCAUAUCCACCAAAGAAUCCACACAGGGGAGAAGCCAUAUGACUGUUCUGAAUGUGGUAAACAGUUUUCACAGAGAAACUAUCUUCAGAGCCACCAAAGAAUCCACACAGGUGAGAAGCCAUAUUGCUGCUCUGAAUGUGGAAAACAAUUCUCUUAUAGAAGUAAUUUUCAGGUACACAUUAAAACUCACUCAGGAGAGAAGCCAUAUUGCUGCUCUGAAUGUAACAAAGAGUUUUUAUAUAGAAGCUGUUUUAAGAGCCACCAAAGAAUUCACUCAGGAGAGAAGCCAUAUGACUGUUCUGAAUGUGGUAAACAGUUUUCAGAAAGAAGCAGUCUUCAGAGCCACCAAAGAAUCCACACAGGGGAGAAGCCAUUUUGCUGCUCUGAAUGUGGAAAACAAUUCUCUGACCAUAGUAAUUUUCAGAUACACAUUAAAAAUCACUCGGGAGAGAAGCCGUAUUGCUGCUCUGAAUGUGGCAAAGAGUUUUCACAGAGAAGCUAUCUUAAGAACCACCAAAGAAUCCACACAGGGGAGAAGCCAUAUUGCUGCUCUGAAUGUGGCAAAGAGUUUUCACAUAGAAGCUAUCUUCAUACUCACAAAAGAAUUCACACAGGGGAGAAGCCAUAUUGCUGUUGUAAAUGUGGCAAAAUGUUUUCACAGAGAGGCAAUCUUCAGAAACAUCAAAUAAUUCACACAAGAGAGAAAAAAUGA